AAGUGAGACGUGCAACUUGUUUGUCUGUUAAAUAAAAUUUAAAAUUAAAAUGCUGAAAUACUUGAUUGUUUCGCUUGCAAUCUGCGCAGUGGCAUUUGCCGAUGGUGAGUGGAAACCCAAGACCGCCGAUGAGAUCAAACAGAUUCGUAUUGAGUGCCUCAAGGAGCAUCCUUUGAGCGCCGAUCAAAUCAGCGCAUUGAAACAAUUGACUUUCCCCGAUGAGUCCGAUGUUCGUCAGUAUUUGUUGUGUUCGGCCACAAAAUUGGACAUCUUCUGCACUCACCAGGGCUACCAUGCCGAUCGUCUGGCCAAGCAGUUCAAAAUGGAUCUUACCGAGGAGGAGGCCCUACAAAUCGCCCAAGGCUGCAUUGACGCCAAUGAGCAACAGAGCCCAGCCGAUGUUUGGGCAUUCCGUGGACACAAAUGCAUGAUGGCCAGCAAGAUUGGUGAUCGCGUCAGGGCUUAUGUUAAGGCCAAACAGGAGGAGGCAGCAAAGAAGGCCUAAGAAAAAAAUCUCAAUAAAUAUCUUGUGCCUGGAACGCAAAUUGUUGGCGAUAAAUUUUAUUUUGCUGAAGGCUAA